AUGGCAAGUGAGGAAGAGAGUUUUCUUGUCUUAGUGCAUUGCUCUGGAAAAAUCCAAAAAAGCAAAAAAUAUGGUGUGAAGUUCACUGAUAGAGAACCACUGAGUGUUUUCAGCAGUUCAUCAAGCACUUUGUCAGAUUUGAAGAACAGCAUCUUGCAGAAGUUUGGGGUAUUUGGUAGCAAGUGGGUGAAGAAGCUAUUCUACAAGAUUCCCAUCGCAGUUGUCUCGACUGGUGUUAAGUAUGAUACCUUUGUACUAGCGGAUGAUGAAGAUAUUAGGGUUCUAUUUCAUUGUGUUAGGAGUUUUUCGGAGGUCAGAAUACACGAGUUGUUCGCGAAGUUGGAGGUUGGUGUCGAUAGUUCUGGGGCAUCAGCUCCAGUUCAUAGCUCGACUGCCGCGGGAGGUGCGUCUAGUUCGAUGCCUGUGGUCAGGCCAUCUGUUCCGCUGGUCACAUCCCCUUCAUUCGCGGUUGAGUUAGAUCGAACGGAGGUUGUCGGUUCUGUACCUUUGGAGAAUCCAGGGGUCUAUAAGCAGGCAUAUGAGGCGGGCACCGGUGGUGGCUUGAUUCAUGAUGUGGAAGGCUUUGGAGAACCGGAUCGAGUAGAGAAUGAAAUGUGUGACGACGACUCCGACCAGGAGCCUGUAGAUAUCGUUGGGGACAGCGACGAUGACACAGGUGCCAAUCCACAUACACAGCAUGGACAUUCAAGUUCUGGCACUCAACAGUACCCUCCACACUUCUCCACUCUUAACUUGGAGGCUCUGGGUCAACAGACGGACGGUGGUCCUACAGUUGGGGGCUCUUCUACAGAAUUUCAGACUGGGCAAUCAUUCCAGAAUAAAGAUGAGGCUAUUUUGAGUGUGAAGGACUACAGUAUCCGUCGAGGUGUUUAG